UAUAUAUAUAUUGCAAUUUUCAACUUGGGAAAAACCAAAAGACUCAUUUUUUUGGCGGGUAAAAGGGCGCCUAACGCCGCCGUUUUAUAUGCCCCCGUUGUGUGAACCCUCUCUAGUAGCGGCUUUAAUACAAAAAUGCACCGCCAUAAACUCGCUCAGGGAAGCGCGUCGACUCCACUCGCUUCUCCUAACCACCACAACCGUCGCCUCGCGUUCUGUGUUCCUAUACAACAAUGUGCUAUCUAUGUAUGCACGGUGCAGCUCGCUAGGAGAUGCACGCAAGGUGUUCGACGAAAUGCCUCAAAGAAGUCUUGUUUCGUUCAAUGCGCUGGCUGCAGCCUAUUCCCGGAGUUCAGACACUGCCGGUUUGGCAUUGACAUUGCUAAAGCAAAUGGGAGUUGAAUGUCUCAGGCCAAAUGUUUCGACUUUCACGAGUGUGAUACAAGCCUCAUGUACUCUUGAGGAUUGGUUGGUUGGCUCUUUGGUUCAUGCACAAGUUGUGAAAUGUGGGUUCUUGAAUGAUGUGUGUCUUCAGACAGCUCUGCUUGGGAUGUAUUCCAGCUGUGGGGAUUUGGUAUCUGCUAGCAGAGUUUUCGGAGGAAUGGUUGAUAGAGAUGUUGUGGCUUGGAAUUCAAUGAUUUUCGGGUAUUUGAAGAAUGGUAAGAACAAGGAAGGGCUUCAUUUGUUUGAUGGUAUGUUGAGGACUGGAGUUAUUCCUACUCAGUUCACAUAUUCAGUGGUUUUGAGUGUGUGUAGCAGAUUGAGAUAUUUGAAUCUGGGGAAAAUCAUCCAUGCCCGAGUCAUAGUUUCAAGCACACAAGCUGAUUUGGCUUUGGAGAAUUCACUGCUUGAUAUGUAUUGUAACUCUGGUGACACCCAAGCAGCUUUUAGUGUGUUUAAUAAAAUGGACAGCCCGGAUUUGGUUUCAUGGAACACAAUGAUUGCUGGGUAUUCAGAAAAUGAGGAUGGGGAGAAGGCGAUGAAUUUGUUUGCCCGGUUGAAAAGAUUGUGUUAUCUUAAACCAGAUGAAUAUACUCAUGCAGCUAUCAUAUCUGCAGCAGGUACAUACCUUGCUUCUGACUAUGGUAAGCUUCUUCAUGCUCAAGUCAUAAAAGUAGGACUCGAGAAGAGUAUCUUUGUAGGAACUGCACUACUGUCUAUGUACUUCAAGAACAGCGAAACGGAUAGUGCUCAAAAGGCAUUUUAUUCUAUUUCUGAGAAGGAUGUUGUUCUCUGGACUGAGGUGAUCAUGGGUUAUUCGAGAUUGGCUGAUGGGGAGAGUGCAAUUAAGUUCUUUAAAGAAAUGUGCAAGGAAGGCCAUAAGGUUGACAGCUUUGCUCUGAGUGGAGCUUUGAGUGCUUGUUCCGACCUGGCCAUGUUAAAACAAGGUGAGAUGAUUCACUCGCAGGCCUUAAAAACAGGAUUUGAUGUUGAAAUGUCUGUAUGCGGGAGUCUGGUGGAUAUGUAUGCAAAAAACGGUUGCCUUGAAUCUGCUUAUUGUAUAUUUUCCCAAGUUGUGGACCCUGAUUUGAAAUGUUGGAACUCGAUGCUUGGGGGAUAUAGUCAACAUGGCAUGGCAGAAGAAGCAUUGAAGCUCUUUUUUGAGAUCCAAAAACAUGGUCUCGUACCAGACCAAGUAACAUUUCUGUCUCUACUCUCAGCUUGCAACCACAGUAGGUUGGUUGAAGUAGGAAAGUUCUUGUGGAAUUGUAUGAAGGAGAAUGGUAUCCCACGUGGGCCUAAGCACUACUCUUGCAUGGUUAGUUUAUUAAGUCGAGCUCAACUACUGAAUGAGGCAGAGGAACUUAUUAUCAAGUCACCAUUUAAUGAAGAUAAUCUUGAACUGUGGAGAACUUUGCUUAGCUCGUGCGUCAUCAAUAAGAACUUGGAGAUAGGAGUUCAUGCAGCAGAGCAGGUUCUAAAGGUUAAUGCAGAAGACAGUGCAACACAUAUCUUGCUUUCAAAUCUCUAUGCUGCUGCCGGAAAAUGGGAUAAGGUUGUAGAAAUAAGGAGAAAGAUUAAAGAACUGACGUUAGAGAAGGAUCCUGGGCUGAGCUGGAUUGAGGAUAAGAAGAAUAUUCAGGUAUUCAGUUCUGGUGUUCAAUCCAAGGAAGAGGUUGGUGAAGCCGAAGCUGCACUGCAUCGGCUACAAGGAAACAUGGUAAGAUCUCAAAGAGAUGAACUUGAUGAACCUAUUUAUACCACAUAG